UACUAAUUGGCGGGUAGCAUGCUGUGACGCAAACGCUCGUAACGUUAACAACAACAAAGGAUGAUGAAUAAAUGAAGUUUCAAACUAGCUUUGUACCCACGUCCACUUAUGACCGCAGUGUUGUUUAGAGUUUGCUUCCUUUCUGUGUUAAUAAAAACGUUGCAAAUGCAUUUAACACAGGAAUGAACGGUCAAAUCAAAAGCUACAAACUGACGGUGGAAGGUCUUUAAAAUGAUUCGCAUAGCAGCACUGAAUGCUGCUUCCGCAGCUGCAGAUGAGUCUCAAGACCCCUUGAGAAGCAGCAAGAGUCAGACAAAAGAGGCUCAGGAAGCUGAAGCAUUUGCUCUGUAUCACAAAGCCUUAGAUCUGCAAAAACAUGACAAGUUUGAGGAUUCUGCCAAGGCCUAUCAUGAACUUCUCAAAACUCCACUGCUCAAAGAGGCCAUGCCUUCUGAUGAUCAUAAAGUGGGUCUCAAGCAUCCCGGAUUGAUGUUGAAAUAUUCUACUUUUAAAAACUUGGCUACUAUGGCUGCAUUGCGUGAAGACCUGGAGACCGCUAUGGAGUUUUAUUUGGAGGCAGUUAUUUUGGAUUCCACUGACGUGAACAUGUGGUACAAAAUUGGUCAGGUGGCUGUGCGACUGGUGCGCAUUCCACUGGCUCGACAUGCCUUUGAGGAGGGAUUGCACUGUAACCCGGACCACUGGCCCUGCUUGGACAACCUCAUAACUAUUCUUUACACACUCAGUGACUACACCUGCUGUUUGUACUUCAUUGCCAAAGCCCUAGAAAGGGAUCAUUGUUACAAUAAAGGCCUGGUGUUGAAGGAGAAGAUUUUUGCUGAGCAGCCCUGUCUGAAGAGGGACACAAUGCAGAUGUUCAUGAAAUGUGAUAUGUCUAUUCACUACGUAGAAGUGGAGGUAGAGGAAUGCAAAUCCAUUGUGGAAGAGGCACUGGAGUUACGGAAGCGUAGAAAGGCUCUCUCUCACUGCGAACCAAAACCUGACCUUGUCCUGAUUCAGCCCAUCCGCUGCCUCUCAUGGAAGCAUGUGGGUGAAAGCCUUCUUGCAAUGUACAGACAUCAGACCACCUGUGAGCCACCACGCCCAAGUCUUGGCCGCAGAAUUGACUUGUCAGAGUACCGGGACCCAAACUUCCUCCAGAACCUCCCCCAACCAAGCAGCCCUGUAAGUAUGGGCCAGACCACCGUGUUGAGCAGCAGCCCCAGCUCAUCUUUGCCGCCAAUGGCCCUCCCUGAGCCAGCAGUGCUACCCCAACCUAGCACUCAACCUCAGAUCACCCCCGCCCAGAACACAGUAGAGGUCACCACUUCUGCUCCCCCUGUCGUGGCAGCAAUGGAAGUUUCACUCACAGAUAAAGUAAAGAAAGCUCCGAAAAGGAAACGUGUGGUUGAAGAUAGUGGGGAGACAGCCAAGCGACGUUCGGCACGUGUCCGAAACACAAAAUGCAAGAAGGAAGAGAAGAUUGAUUUUCAGGAACUGCUUUUUAAAUACCUACCUUCCAGGCUAAAGAAGUUUGAUCCUGAUAAUGAUGAUGAAAGUCUGAGUAAUCUUGAAGCGCAGUGUGAUGGGAAGGAGGACAUGCAGCCUUUACAUGGGAGUUGCUUGCCUGCUCACUCAGUUCAAUACAUGGAAUCUGAACAACAGGAUGUCCACAACUUCCUGCUCAGUAACAUGACCAAUGGUGGUAUACUGGACGUCAUGAUGCGCUAUCUGAAAGCAGUGGGCCAGAAGUUCACAAUGGAGUGGCCUAGGGGGCUGACUGCUGUGGUACUGGAGCUCCAUCAGAGCUGGAGGAAGCACAGCAGUGGUCUUCCUAACCCUCUGCUUCGGGACUGCAGCAACCAACACAUCCGGGAAAUGUUGGCAAUGAGCUUAGCGUGUAUGGAGUUGCAGUUGGAGCAAUGGUCACACAACAAAGGGAAGACUGUGUCCCCAAGAAGAAGCAGCAUUGGUCUUGGAAGUGAUGCAGCUGACUCAGAAUUCCCUGGGCAACACUUCCAGAGUGAUUUGUUGCUUCUGGCCUUAGGUUCAUCCCAAAAAGACCUGUUUGAGGAUGACUGGCUGGAUGUCAUGGUGCGUGUCUACUGGCUCAAGGCACGAUUCUUGGCCCUGCAGGGAGACAUGGAGUUGGCCCUGGAGAGCUAUGAUGUCUGUGUAGGUUUGUUGCAGAGCAAACCAAAGACCCCCGAAGGGAAACCUUACACCAUCAGCCUGCCUAACCUGCGUGUAGAUGCAGCAAUCUCCGUGGAAGAGAUUGACAAGAGGCUGAAGUCUCUGGAGCGCUGUCAGUCUUUGGAGGAGAUCCAGCGUUUCUUUGAGUCUGCAGACUUUGAUUCUGUUGUGCGCCUGCUGCAGCCCACUCUUAAUUAUGGCAGCAGGAGUAAACCUCUGGAGUUGGUGAGCUCAGCACCAGAACGGCCUGCUCAACUGAUGCUACUGCAGAACUCACUGUUGAAACUGCAGGACUACCGGCAGUGUUUGGAGUGUAGUGAGCUGGCUCUGAAUGAGGCUCUGCAGCAGCUCAACUCUGCAUCAAACCACUCUCCCCCUAGUAAGGAGGAGUGGGUCAGUACUAUUGUAAAGUUGCUGGAUGGCACCGAGGUCUGCGUCACCAAAGACUCUGAGCUUCUAAGCAAUGUUCCCCACUUGGCUCGACUGGCAAAUAAUCUAAUUCAGCUGAUUGAUCUUAGCAUGAACAUUUCCGACGAUCCCAAAGAUCCUUAUUUCUUCUCGGUUCUACCUUGGAUUAUCUUGUAUCGUAUUAUCAAACAUGAGGAGGCUGCUUUUAACUGUAUGCUUCGCCAGCAUAUGUCUGUAGGAGAUGAUGAAGAUGGCUCAGACACUCCCAUGCUGCCCUCCUCCCUGAUGCUUCUGAACACAGCCCAUGAGUAUCUUGGUCGUCGCUCUUUGUGCUGCAACUCAGACGGCGCUCUCCUCAAGUUCUAUGUUCAAGUUUUAAAAAAAGAGGUUGCAGCCUCUUCCAACAAUGACUCUCAUCCCUACAAAGAGGAGUUGGAGAUGGCCCUGGAACAGUGCCUUUUCUGCCUAUAUGCCUACCCCAGUAAGAAGAGCAAGGCCCGAUACCUUGAGGACCACUCAUCUCCACAGGUUGAGCUGCUGUGGUGUGAUGCUCUCUUCAUGUUCCAGUAUUUCAAACCAAAGUCACUGCCUGAGUUUGACAGCUAUAAGACAAGCACAGUGUCUGCAGAAUUGGCCAAUUUGCUGAGGAGGUUUUCUGGCAUCGCCCCUAUAAGUGACACCCCCAUCCUCACCAUGGAUGAAGUGGCAGCCUACAUUGAGGGAAUAACAGAAAAGGCGCCAUGCCUUCCUGAGGGUAGUGCUCCUGCACCUCCAAUCAUUGAUGAGAUGUACUAUCUGUUGGCUGAUUACCAUUUCAAGAACAAGGAGCAGUCCAAAGCCAUCAAGUUCUAUAUGCAUGACAUAUGCGUGUGUCCCAACAGGUUUGACUCCUGGGCAGGGAUGGCUUUAGCUAGGGCCAGUCGUAUUCAGGAAAAGCUCAACUCCAAUGAGCUGAAAAGUGACAUUCCGAUAUGGAAACACUCCCAGGCAGUGCUUAACUGCUUUAAGAGGGCCCUGGAAAUAGACAGCUCCAACCUGUCUCUCUGGAUCGAGUAUGGUACCAUUUCAUAUGCGCUCCAUACAUUUGCCUCGCGGCAGCUCAAGCAGUGGCGUGGUGAGCUCCCCCCAGAGGUGGUUAAACAGAUGGAAGAAAGGAGAGACUCUAUGUUGGAGACAGCGUUCCUGUGUUUCCAGGGUGCUUCCCGUUGUGAGGGUGACAGUGAUGAAGAAGAGUGGCUCAUUCACUACAUGCUCGGGAAGAUAGCAGAGAAACGCAAACAGCCUCCAGCGGAAUAUCUGCAGCUUUACAAAAAGGCAGCACACUAUCUGCAUGAAGAAGCUGCCAGGUAUCCCCGGAAAAUCCAUUACCAUAAUCCUCCUGACCUGGCCAUGGAGGCCCUGGAGUUGCAUUUCCGUCUCAGUGCCACCACCCUAAAACUAUUAGAGGGCAAUGUGCCUGAUCUGGAACACGAGGUCUUGUUCAGAUUGCUGGUUGAGGCAGCUGUUGGGCCAUUUGCCAGGGGGGAAGAGAAGAGUAUGCCAAGCAUGCCUAGGUCACUUGAAAAGGAGAAACCCACUUCCAUGAUGGAUGGAGACUUUAAUUACUCAUCAGUUUGCAUAGGGAACGUCCUCAGCUCCUCCCAUCCAUCAGCUGCCACCCCAGGUCUGACAUCCCCUCCUUACGUGGCCACGCCAUUUGACCACGAUUACGCCAAACGCAAAACACUCCGACGGCAGCAGUGGCAGCAACAGCGGCAUGAGGAGCAGCAGGCUGAUGCCUCACCAGACUUUGACCAUGCUUACUGCCUGCCCAGGUCUCCAAUGUGGCUGGCUUCCCUGAAUGAGCGCAGUCAGGACAGUGAGGUGGUGAUGCUCUCUGACUCCAACUCCACCCAGGAUGCCUUCACAGAUCCCACCAGCUCACAAGACAGCAGCCACAAACCUGCUUCUGGGAAAGCCAGUUCAUCAUCGUCAGAAAGUACAACCCCUGUAAAGGACGGCCAGUUUGCAUCUGAGGACACAGCAUCACAUGGAGAACAUUCUGGCAUCCAAGCAGAAGAAAAGGUUAUCCAGGAAGAAAUAGAAGCUGUGGUGAUGACCCUCCCUGAGGCUUCAGCCCCCAAGCUUUCUGCGGACCCUUGUCCUCAUCCUCUGCCUGUUCCAGCCACCCCUCCAAAGGCAGCCCACUCUCUACAGGCUGCUCCUCAAACCCCCGCCAGUGAGGGAAAAAAGAAGCCAGAGCCCCCCGCUGAGGUUAUUGAGGUGCCCAAGGCCCUGCCCACCGACCGUGGCGACCAGAGACAAAUGUUGGUAGAAAUGUGCGUCCGUGCUCUCUUCCUCUGCCUCAGCCGCUUCCCUCAGCACUACAAGAGUCUUUACCGAUUGGCCUUCUUCUACACCAACAGCAAGACCCACCAGAACCUACAGUGGGCCCGAGAUGUGUUGCUAGGAAGCAGUGUCCCAUGGCAACAGCUGAAGCACAUGCCAGCACAAGGACUUUUCUGUGAAAGAAACAAGACAAACCUGUUCAAUCAGCUUUUUCCCUCACCCGCAACAGGAAGCAGGAAAAACAAGGUGUGUUUACUUAGUAUGUUUAUGGUGGCCAGCUGGAGAGACACGACCAGAGUUGAAAGACAGGAAAGAAAGACGGGCAUCUGGCGUAUUCCAGUAGAUGAGAUUGAUCGCCCCGGAAGUUUUGCAUCUCAUAUGAACAGAUCCAUUGUCCUCUUACUGGAGGUGCUGUCUCAGCUUAAGGAUCACGAUACUCUGUUGAAAGUCUCUUUCAUGCUGCAGAGAACCCCUGACCAGGGAAAGAAGUAUUUACGGGAUGUUGAUCGCCAGGUUUUGGCCAAGAGAGCAUUUUUCCUAACUGUAAAAGUCCUGGAGGACAAUCUGAACAGUCUCACUGGGGUGUCUGAGCAGCUUCACAAAGCGCCUGGGCCCUCCAUGGGGGAGAUGACCACAACGGACGCAUCCAACAGGCCACGUUCAGAGGACAGCAAACAUGCACUGCCUAAGAAGCCUGGACUUACAGAGGGAGCCUGCGUCACUGACACAGGGCCCAGUGAAGCCUCUCAGGCACAACUCACCCCAUCACCACUAUCCAUGGAUAAAGGGAGUAAAGUUCAGGAGAUCUAUCUUGGCAAGGUGGAGACUGCUGGCAGUGAGGGGCACAAAGCAGGGUUGGAGGAACCAAUGGAGCUGGACACUUGCCGCUGGAUGAGGCCCUCUAAUACCACAGAUUCUCAAGGCAACCAAGUGGAGGCUGAGACCUCCCUGAGUGCAGCGGAGUCCCAGCAGAAAGUGACUGACAGCAGCCGGACACCAGAGCUGUCCCUAGAGGAGCUAAGUAUCAGCUCCAGGCAGCAGCAGCUCCAAGCCUUGGCACCAAAGGUCACCAUGGCAGCCACUGGGACUGAUCAGGGUUUACCACAUAGGCCAAACAGGAAAAGGAAGAUUCUUGAAGAUGCGGAGUCCGGAAAAACGUUACUGCUUGAUGCCUAUAGAGUGUGGCAGCAAGGCCAGAAAGUCAUGACGUACGACCUAGCACGCAUUGAGAAGAUCAUGUCAGAGACUUAUAUGCUCAUAAAACAGGUUGAUGAGGAUGUAGCCCUGGACCAAGCUGUGAAGUUCUGCCAGAUACAGUUGGCCACUUCUUCCCAAAGACAGCAGUCUGCAGGCGAUGCCCCGACUACACCCAAGUACAGCAAGGAGCACCGAGACCUCUUCUUCCCUGCCUCUCUGCCGACUCCUGUCCUCCUCAGCCACGGUGCCUGCCACCCGCUGUCCAGCCCGGAGGGUCAGGCCAAAGUGGUGUACGAGCCGUUGAGCAAGUUGUCCAGACCUCAAGCUUCGGGCUUCCACGAUCAAGCACAGCACCGGAGAGCAGCUAGCCUCCCUGCUGCAGCCAUGGCCUUCCUACCACACACAGAGGAGCGGGAGGAGCACUCGGAGGGACUUUCGUACCGACAGCAGGAGUCACACCUUUGUCAUCAGAUGAAACUUGCCACUGUUUCCCAGGGGCAAGAGUCCGCAGCAGGCUGGUUCCAGGAGGAAAUGGCCACAUGUAGCACCGCACAACCUUGCCCAGACCAGCAGCAGUAUGCCAGCGAUGAGCAGUCAAAGCUUCCAGACCCCAGUCGAAUCCGCUCCCGCGUCCCAGCCAACAUGCCAAAGCUUUUCAUUCCUUCCACCGUUACCAAGUUUCCGCCAGAAAUCACAGUAACACCUCCAACACCCACACUUCUCUCCCCUAAAGGCAGCAUCUCAGAGGAAACCAAACAAAGACUUAAGAACGUCAUCCUGUCAUCUCAGUCUGCAGCCACAGUCAAAAAGGACACCCUGAGCCAGCCGGCGCUGGAGGUGCAGGAGACAUCCAGCCAGGAGUCGUCUCUAGAGAGCGAGUCGGAUGAGGAAGACGAUUACAUGGACGUCUGAGCCUCUCUCAAGGCUGUGUGUGUGUGUGUGUGUGUGUGUGUGUGUGUGUGUGUGUGUGUGUGUGUGGGUGUGGUGUGUGUUUGUGUGUGUGUGUGUGUGUGUGUGUGUGUGUGUGUGUGUGCACUGCAGCUGCUGUCUACGUUGAUGCUAUUGCUCCCUCAUGUGCAUUAUAGGAAAACCUCCCAAACUUGUCAUGUCGCCGUGUUGCUCUGCUUGUCAGCAGCGAUGGAGUAAAGGGCAGACGAUGAUGGCUUUAGUCUCACAUCAUCUAUAAUGUGCCAUUUAUGCAUAUCACACAUUAACGAGCUCUCCUGCACCCCAACGUUCACUGGAUCUGGCAAGAAGGCCUUUCUGCCUUCAAAGCCAACCAGUCCUGCGUUUAUGCAUUUUAUUUAUUUUUUUAUGUUCUGUUCUAACUGUAUCUCCUAACUGCAGCUUAACCUUUGUCUGAGAACUUGCCAAUCUGAGGUGCCUCGGACUGGACUGAUGCUCAGGAGCAUGUGCCUGCUGUCCAUCACUUUGAUCACUUACUUUGGCAUGAGAAUUUCAUCUCCAAGAUACAUUGCAUUGGUACGUCGUCUAUUUAAUCAACACAAGGGUGAAAUAAAGACAAUCGGCUGCAUUCGAGGUUCUCGAGGUCUGUGUAACUAAAGGGCCACAGCCUCACAACCUGUAGCAGAAAUGUUUACACUAACGUUUGGGAUGUUUUUCAGUUAGCACUUAGCUUUGUGCUAUUAUUUUGUAAUAUUUUGUUCUAUGCGUAUAUUUUUCUUUUCUUUGGUGUGCAUUUGUAGCUAAGAGGAACAGUUCUUACUAGGAAGUCGUCAUGUCACCAGCACUGAUCUGAAUGAAAUGGAAAGGGGUUUCAGUUAUUAUGAAUUAACUUUUGUACAUAUCACAAUCCAAAUAUCUUUCCAAUGUUUUUGGCCUUUAAUGGGUUCAGUAUUAAGCUGGAGAAGCGUGUGCUUGUGUGAGAGUGUAAACAUUAAGGUUCAAUUUCAGUCAACCCAGGAAGCGAGUCACGGCCAGGAGAAUCGCUCGCUCCUGAUUUCAGUGGAAUUGAAAUGCACGCAGAAGAAGACUUGCUAAUGAUGCCUUUGCAUUAAAAACCAUUUUGGUAAAUGUGUCAUAAUAAGACAACAGAAUGUUUUUUACAGAUUGUUUUCUAUAAAAAAGAAAGAUGUUUACUGAUUGUUUCUUGAGAGCUGUCCAAAGUUUUUUGGAAAAGGACACAAAUGAAUAAUUGUAAACUAUCACACAAAAAAAGUUUGUAUUUUAUUUCAUUGUUUUUGUUUAUUUCUUUGGUGUAACAUAUUUUUCUAUUGUUCUUGUGGGAAUGUACCAUGACUAAAAGAGUGACCGGGUUGAGAUCCCCCCCCACCUCUCUCUAUUCUGUCUGGACUGAAUGCGUUAUAGAUGUUGAACCAAAAAUAUAUUUGAGAAACACAAUAUUUGUUCUGUGUGCUGCUUAAUAUCCAGAUCUGUAUAGAAUGUUAUCAACAUGGGUCCUUGCUUCCAAUGAGACGAUGGUUUCAUUUGUUGUCUGUAUGAACUUAACUGUCAGCACAGCUCAGCCCUCCUGGGCUUCUGAGAAAAACAGUUAGGUAGCACCAUCUGGGACUGCUGUAACAAUGGUUUAUUAUAAGACAUAUGGAUACAUAAUGUGUACUGAUGCUUAAAAUCAACAUUCUCAACAUUUAUCUAUAGAGCAAAACUACCAGCGUCCUGCAACAUGUACAGUAUAACUACUUAAACACAGUUGCCUGACAACAGACUGACGUUCUUUCAUUGUUAAGAUGCUAACGUGAUGUUAUAUGUAUGAUGUUGUAUGGAACUGGACAAAAUGAAUAAGCAAAGACUAAAUAUUGUUAUGAACACAUUAAAAACCUAAUGGGGUAACCUAA